AUGACUGUCGACGAGGUGGCGGACUGGGUGGCCUACGCAGUGCAGCUGCCGCAGUACAGUGAGAUCUUUCGGGCCAACUCCAUCUCCGGGUACACGUUUCCUCUGUUGAUGGCACACGACGGAGCGAGAUUGCAAGAGAUUGGCGUGCACAGCGGACUCCAUCGUCGUCAAUUGGCCAUGUUCUUGCAGAUGAAGUAUCUUGGCAUGGGGCGCAAGCCGAAAGCUGUCGUAUCGAGUGUCUGCACGGUAGGCGACUCACCAAGUGCACAGGAGACUGUCGUGCUUCAGAUUGCGUGGGUGCCAGCAGAGGACUCGCCACAACGCUAUCAAUUGCAACGUCGAGAGCCUGGAGAAUCGACGUGGGAGCUCGUGUUUACAGGGGCAGACACGGAGGUUACGGAUGUGGUGAAGUAUAAUCGCUACGUGGUCUACCGCCUCACGACGUGGAACUCGUAUGGGCGUAGCCCGCGCAUAUACAUACACUGUGACGAUGCAGCUGCAAGUGUCUCCGCAGUAUCGGAUUCUUCGACAAAAGUCGAAGACUCUUCGCAUUCCCUAUUGCCAAGCACAAGAUUGUCUCAAUCGCCACACUCGCUGUCUCCUCAGAGUAGACACAAGCGCAGUUCGCCCACAGAGACGAGCAGCCACCUCGAAAGUGUUGAGCACGCAAACUUAGCAGAUGGCUGUGACCACCAAAUCAGCAUGUGGGGCUUGCUGAAGAUAUACUUUUGGUGGCUGGACGACGUGAUCAUUAUUCUUUUGGUCGUGAUGCUACCGAUCCGUGGUAUCAUAUACGGUGAUGCUAACUUGCUGCUUCGCCUGCUGCGCCGGUUGCCACCUAACAUGCCAACGCGCGUAACCGUUGAAAUGGACUCUACCCAAGCGACGAUGGAAAACGCGGUUGCUCGAAUAUCGUGGGAAAAACCCGUCGACAACGGUGUUCCCAUUGUUUGUUACACGGUUCGUUGGACGCGCACGAAGACCGAAGAAGAGAUGUGCACAAGGCUUCUAGCUGUACCGCUACCAACCACAGUGACUGUCGGAAAGCUCCAUCACGGGGAGACGUAUAAGUUUGUUGUCCAAGCGACGAACCAAUUCGGAUUGGUCACAAGCUCAAGUCGGUCCACGUAUAUGGUGCCGAUUCCGGAACUCAAGGGGAAGCUUAGGCCUCGGCAUCUUUUAUCAGAGCGCCGCGCAGUGAGCAACCAGUGCCACGUAUGUCAUGACCCUCGUUACAAGAAGAAGGUGCCGUUCACGGCGACACUUGAUCGGCGUAUCCUGCAUUACUGCUGUUCGUGUGACAAGGAGUUUUGUCACUACCACAAAGGAGAAGUCCAUCAUUCAAAGGCCGUGUCCUGUCCAAUUGUUGACGGCCGUUGCAUCUGCAUCACAUGUAACGAAAGACGUUUGCGGCGGACUGUCACCAACUAG